UUAUGGAUUCCAAACCCAAAGCCUGGCGUGGUUGCUUGUCAAUGUAUUUAUAAAUUACUUUGUUUUGGGAAUUUGGGCUUAAAGGCCAGUGGCAAAGAUCCAAGAAUAUAUGGAAUGGAUAAAUCUUUAAACACAUACAAACAUACUUAAACGAGGCAAUUCCCUUUGUGUAUACGUUUGAUGCUUCUGUUUAAAGAUUCUUAUUUUCUGAAUACCAGUAAAACGCCCUAGCCCUUGUUCAUUUCAGGUCUUAGAAGCAAGGGGCGGGGACUCAGUACGGUUUCCCGCCUUUCUGGUCUUACAGUUUUCACAAAGGUCCGCACAAUCGCUACAUAAGGGGCUGCAGGUUGCUAGCUUUAGACUCAGUCGCCGUGCUUAGUUUUUCUGUGUUAUGUCUGGACGGGGCAAGGGCGGGAAAGGCCUGGGGAAAGGGGGCGCUAAGCGUCACCGCAAGGUCCUGCGUGAUAACAUCCAGGGCAUCACCAAGCCCGCUAUUCGCCGUCUGGCCCGGCGUGGCGGUGUGAAGCGCAUUUCCGGCCUCAUCUACGAGGAGACCCGCGGGGUGUUGAAGGUGUUCCUGGAAAACGUAAUACGGGACGCUGUCACCUACACCGAGCACGCCAAGCGCAAGACUGUUACGGCCAUGGACGUAGUCUAUGCGCUCAAGCGCCAGGGACGCACUCUCUAUGGCUUCGGCGGCUAAAAUUGACCUUUGUAAGGUUUUUCUCUUUUCUAUAGCAAAGGUAAAGGCCCUUUUCAGGGCCACCUACCUUUUCUAUGAAAGAGCUCGCACUUACCAUUUCGUGGUCUGUAGGGUAGUUUGGUACAGAUGGGAGAAGUGAAGCACUAAAAUGUUGCUUAGACAUAGUUCGGUCUUCAGUCCCUAAGGUGUUUUCACAAUGCUGGAGGUGUUACUAUCGCUGUUCUUGAUGUAUAGAUUAACUCAGGACCAACAGGUGGCUAGUGGCUAAAUGUGGCCACGCAGCUGGUAAGUAAAGGGUCAUGGGUUCUUUGAGUAGAAAUAAAUAUUUGGGGUGUCCACAGACACUAGAGUACAGCUCUUACAUGGCUUAUAUACUAAAUUAAAUUAUGAAAAUGUGGCAAGACAAAGGAGUUUGGGCUAGAAUAGUUAAUGGUAGAAAAGGAACUAGGAAGAUAAAGGCUAGUUUAACAAUGCAGAGUUCUCUCUGUUUUAAGCUUCCUAUCUGGUGAUAAUGCUAUUUUCCUGGUACAGGGAGGGAAUCUUCCAUAUGGGAGUUUGAUUUCCUGUUUUCAGAAGGAAAAUAGGUCAGAGUGCUCUUUUGCACCUGCUGUUUUUCAAGUGCCUUUAGCUCAAAAUAACUCAAGCCAAAGUGGCAUAUUUUAGGGUGGCAUAUUCUGCCACGCUUCACCACCAAGCACACUACCAGGCAACUUUCCCAGAGGUCACAGAGCAGAAAGGGUCACAGACCAAAUUAAAAUGCUUAGAAAUUUUAAUCAAUUUAAACCAUGUUGCAAAAAGCAUGGGGAAAUAGAUGUACAGCACAGCAUACUUAGGAUAAGACAAACAGGUGGAAAGUCCUCGCUAGAUGAAUCCUGUUAUUUACACAAUGUUCAUAUAAUCUCCUUUGCUCUCUGCCACAUCAGCCUUCCUUCCUGAUGAUGGGCCUCUGAGGACCAGAGUUAAGUUGAGCAAGAGGACUGAGCAGGUGGAAGGCAGCUGGGCCAAUCACACACAGUUGCUCUAUUAAACAGAUCUAGGGGUAUAUUUGCUUGGUCUAUAGUUGUCACUCACCAAUGGGUUUUAUCUGCAUCCUAUGGGCAGAGGUCAAGUGGGUGGCUGACUUAAGAUAUCAAGUAUGAGAUGCCUCAUAGAUACUGAGAAUUUUAUGUGCCUCAUGAAUGUGUGGUGCCUACUUGGUCCUUCAAUCCCAUCCUCUCUGUGUUCAGCACACGUUUAUCUCUAGUCUCUGAGUCUAACGUAUACUUAGAUGUAACUUAACGUAUACUCAGUCCUUCGCAGAACUGAGCACUCUUCAAUAACAUAGUGAAUCCCCCUUACUCCUGCCUCCUCUCGCCUCACUCUUCCCUGCUCUUUCCUCAGCCAAAUACCUGCUACUCCUUCUGGGCCCAGCUGUCAUAUUGAAACGGAGCAGGACAGUAUGGUCUAUGCCCCCAUGUUCUCAGCCUGACUUUUGUCUGUGUAAAGGCUUUAGCCAAAGAAUAAUUUUAAUCAGAGAAGUGAGAAAAUACAGAAACAAAGGAAAACUGUCAAAGAAGACCAAAUAAUAAUAGUUUAGUCCUUAAGCAUAGUCAAGGACCUUUAGUUCCUCCUCAAGGGCUAUAGUUAAUGUUCUGAGCCACAUCCUGUGAGCUGCCUUGUAGGUACUGAAACCCCCGCCAGGCGGAAGAAGUUAACUACAUGAUGACCAGACUGCAGCCAUGACAUAAGCUGCCACAAAUCCGAGAA